AACACAGGAUACACUGACAGCUCCACUUCAUUUGUUUAAUUAAUGAAGACGCAUUUGGUGAAAAUACCACCAGCGCUUAUCCACACACCGAUUAAUGUUAAUGACAACAAACAAAUUGUAGUUUAAUGUAUUUUACUCACUAAAUCGUUAACGUCAGCAUCAGAUAUCGUGUUAGUUCAAAUCAAAACAGUGGCGACAACAAGGAAACAUAGAGAACACAAGACCGACAAGGCACCAUGACAUGGUUUAGUUUCGCAGGUCGGGUGUGGGAUCGCGUGGAGAAGACGUGUCUCCACCUGCCCAUCGUUCUGAACACCGUUCUCGUGUUCUCCAUCACGGCGGAGGUGAGCUACCUGGUCCUGGUCGAGGCGCCGCUCCAACCGGACCAGAAGAAGACCCAGUGGUCUACCGUGUGGAAGACUCUGCACCUCCUCGUGCAGUACUUCAUGUUUGGCAACAUCACAUGGAAUGCCUCGCUGUUUCUGAAAACCAGCACCAGCAUUCAAGGAGUGUUCCUGGGUUCAGAAGGCAUGGCACAAGGCUGGAGGUACUGCUACACAUGUGAGACCCACACUCCCCCGCGGUGCUCCCACUGCUAUGACUGUAAGGUGUGUGUUCUGAGACGAGACCACCACUGUGUGUUCUUCGGCCAGUGUGUGGGCUUCCGUAACUACCGCUACUUCCUCAGCUGUCUGCUGUUCAUGUGGACGGGGCUGCUGUACGCUGUAGUGAUGAACGCUGAGGUCUUCAUCAUCAUCCUGAAGGAAGGAGUCACGCUGCACAGCAUCCUGCUACUUCUCAUGCCCUGGAUCAUGCUCGUCUCUGGUCAGGUGACAGCGCGGGCCUUUGCCUUUGCCUUCAUCGCAGACACCUGUGUGUUGGGCUUCCUGCUGGUGGCAGCCUUCCUCUUCUUCCACCUUUUCCUCCUCCUGCGAGGCCAGACCACCAGAGAGUGGUACUCCAUCCGCAGGCCCUACAACCUGGGAUUACUGGGCAACUUGCGGCACGGCCUGGGUACCCGCUGGUACAUCUGCUGGCUCUGCCCACUCAUCCCCUCCCCACUGCCUGGGGACGGCAUCCAUUUCCAGGUCACAGAGUCACUGGAGUCGGAUCCCAACCGCUCACGGUAACCCUGGUAAUGUGACGGACACAGGUGUGUGAGGAUGACAGUGACACCUUGCAGUGCAGGCGGGUGGUGUGGCUUCGUGGAGAAGUUUGACUGUAAAUCUGAAAGCCUCUUCACCCACUGCUUUCCCUGUUUGUUGAGUCAGUGAGUGGGUGGGUGGGACGGCAGGUGUAGCUGCAGUAUCUCAAGGUUGCUCUGUGGUACUUUGACCCAUUGUCUAUGUGCCGACAUUAUUUGAUCCAUCCAAGUCAAUCAGCUAAAUGAGAAAGCAUGUAUAUAUUGGUUUGCUUGCCUCAGCAGUUAAAACAAUUAAAUAAGCAUUGAAAUGUGAGUCCACUGAAAUUAUAAAUGUUUUGAUUGUUCAUUGAUUGUACUGUAUUGAUUUCUUGCUGAGGUUUGCUGUGAAGGUAGGAUUGUCGAUUUGGAAGGAGAUCCCCCACACUUACUAGUGCUGGAACAAGUCUUUAUAAUGAUGUUGAUGUCUACUCUUUUCAUUGUUAUUUGUCCUGAUUGAGUGUGCCUUUGAUGUAUUUACCUACAAAACCUGCCUUGCCAAACCACACAUGUACACUUGGCGUACAGUUUAUUAAGUACACCACCACGUUCACGAAAGUGGAUCGCCCCUACAGACAAUGAGUCACGUGGCCAGGGCUUGCUAUAUAAAGCAGGCAUCGAGGCAUUCAGUUACUGUUCUAUUUGGGCUAAACGAGUGACCUAAGCGACUUUCAGUGUGUUAUGAUCGUCGGCGCCAGGCAUGUCGACGCCAGUAUCUCAGAAAUGUCUGCCCUCCUGGGAUUUUCAUGCACGACAGUGUCUAGGGUUUCUCGAGAAUGGUGUGACAAACAAGGAGUUUCUAGUAAGCAGCAAUUCUGUGGAUGAAAACAGCUCGGUGUUGGAGGAGGUCGAAGGAGAAUGGCAAGAAUCGUGGAAACUAACAGGCAGGCCACAAACAAACCAAUAACGGCGCAGUACAUCAGUGGAGCGCAGAACGGCAACUCGAAAGGCACAACCCAGAGAUCCUUGUCAUGGAUUGGGCUACUACAGCAGACGACCACACCGUGUUCCACUGCUAUCAGCUAAAAACAACAAGAAGUGGCUCCAGUGGGCAUUCGAUUACCAACACGGGACAAUUUAGGAGUGGAAAAACAUCACCUGGAACAUGACAGCGAUUUCAGUUUACUUGAGUGGCCUGCACAGUCCCCAGACCUCAACUCUAUACAGUAUCUUUGGGAUAAGAUGGAAUGGGCAAAAGGGUGUCCGACCUGGUACCUGACAUUUUUAUUUAACCUUUAUUUACUAGAUGGGUGUACCUAAUAAACUGGCAAUUGAGUAUG